AUUUUGUCAAGCAUGACCUCUCCGACUGAAUCGGUCUUUUUGAGUGUGGAGCUGUCCUAAGGUGGAAGAUGAGUAAGGUGUCUCGUGACUCGAUAUAUGAUGCAGUUGCUGCAAUCAUACAAGGCAGCAAGGAUAAGAAACGUAAAUUUGUUGAGACUGUUGAACUGCAGAUCAACCUGAAGAACUACGAUCCUCAGAAGGACAAGCGUUUCUCUGGAACCGUCAAAUUGCAUUCUAUCCCACGACCCAAGUUCUCGGUUUGUAUACUUGGAGAUCAACAGCAUUGUGAUGAGGCUCAAGAUCUUGGGAUACCAUGCAUGAAUGCAGAUGCUUUGAAGAAGCUCAACAAGAACAAGAAACUUGUCAAAAAAUUAGCUAAGAAAUACGACGCUUUUUUGGCCUCUGACUCUCUCAUCAAACAAAUUCCCAAGCUUCUUGGUCCAGGUUUGAACAAAGCAGGAAAGUUCCCAACUCUAGUUUCUCACCAGGAGCCACUGACUAACAAGGUCGAGGAAGUUAAAGCUACCAUCAAAUUUCAGAUGAAGAAGGUACUGUGUCUUGCUGUAGCUUGUGGCCACAUUGAAAUGAGUGACGAUGAACUUGUUGCCAACAUCAGCCUCGCCAUCAAUUUCUUGGUCUCGCUCUUGAAGAAAAAUUGGCAGAAUGUACGUUCUUUGUACGUUAAGAGCACCAUGGGAAAACCACAGCGUCUUUACUAAAAAAAUGACUUGUAUCAAUGUAUUUGCUGAACAUAUAAAUAUGUGGCUUGUACCAUUGGAAAUAAUUAUUGUAGUUGAAACUUAAUAGCUGCUUAACUAACAAAAUAUAAUAAAUCACAGAAAUCAUA